AUGGCUUAUACCAAGAUCGACAUAAACAAGGAGGAGCAAUUCUACCAACAACAAGUUAGGGACAUCAAGAAAUGGUGGUCCGAACCUCGUUGGAGAAAGACCAAAAGAAUUUACCAAGCUGAGGAUAUUGCAUCCAAAAGAGGAACCUUGAAGAUUGAAUAUCCAUCUUCCAAUCAGGCUAAGAAAUUGUACAAAUUGUUGGAAGAGCAUGAUAAGAACAAGACCGUUUCUUUCACAUUUGGUGCCUUGGAUCCUAUUCAAGUCGCUCAAAUGGCCAAAUACUUAGAUACGAUUUACGUUUCUGGAUGGCAAUGUUCAUCCACCGCAUCCACAUCUAACGAGCCAUCUCCAGAUUUAGCUGAUUACCCUAUGGAUACUGUCCCCAACAAGGUCGAACACUUGUGGUUUGCUCAGUUGUUCCAUGACAGGAAGCAAAGAGAAGAAAGAUUGGGUUUAACCAAGGAACAAAGGGCAAAGACUCCAUACAUAGACUUUUUGAGACCUAUCAUUGCAGAUGCUGAUACUGGACACGGUGGUUUGACUGCUAUUAUUAAAUUAACCAAGUUAUUUGUCGAAAGAGGAGCUGCCGGUAUUCACAUUGAAGAUCAAGCCCCAGGUACUAAGAAAUGUGGACAUAUGGCCGGUAAGGUUUUGGUUCCAGUUCAAGAACACAUUAACAGAUUAGUUGCUAUCAGAGCAUCUGCCGAUAUUCUUGGCUCGGAUUUAUUGUGUGUUGCCAGAACUGAUUCUGAAGCUGCUACCUUGAUCACUUCAACCAUUGACCAUAGAGAUCAUUAUUUUAUCAUUGGUGCUACCAACCCGGAUGUUCCAGAGUUAUCUUCAUUAAUGGCCGAAGCUGAAGCUAAAGGUAUUUAUGGUCAAAAGUUGGCUAAUAUUGAAAUUGAAUGGACUAAGAAGGCUGGCUUGAAGUUAUUCCAUGAAGCUGUAAUUGAUGAGAUCAAAUCAGGUAACUAUUCCAACAAAGAUCAAUUAAUCAAGAAGUUUACCGAUAAGGUUAAUCCUUUAUCAUUGUCUUCUCACAAAGAGGCUAAGAAGUUAGCCUAUGAAUUAUUAGGUAAGGACAUCUACUUCAACUGGGACGUCGCCAGAGCAAGAGAAGGUUACUACAGAUAUCAAGGUGGUACUCAAUGUGCCGUCAUGAGAGGUAGAGCUUACGCUCCAUAUGCCGACUUGAUCUGGAUGGAAAGUGCUUUGCCAGACUACAACCAAGCAAAGGAAUUCGCCGACGGUGUUAAGUCCCAAUGGCCAGACCAAUGGUUAGCUUACAACUUAUCACCUUCUUUCAACUGGAACAAGGCUAUGCCUGCCGAUGAGCAAGAAACUUACAUCAAGAGAUUAGGUAAAUUAGGUUACGUCUGGCAAUUCAUUACCUUAGCCGGUUUGCAUACUACGGCCUUGGCUGUUGACGACUUCGCUAACAAAUUCUCUCAAAUUGGAAUGAGAGCUUAUGGUCAAUAUGUUCAACAACCAGAAAUCGAGAAAGGUGUUGAAGUCGUCAAGCACCAGAAAUGGUCAGGUGCUGAGUACAUCGAUGGUUUAUUGAAGUUAGCCUCUGGUGGUGUUACUUCUACUGCUGCAAUGGGAGCAGGUGUGACUGAAGACCAGUUCAAAGACCAUUAG